AUGCCAACAUUCAAAUUAAGCGAUGAAGAACCGCUUCCUGGAUAUAUGGGAGAUAGUGAUAUGUAUUUUAGGCAAUGGAGAAUGCAAUCAAUGAAACCGGUAUUAGAAGAAAAGUAAGGAUUUUGCUAUAAUUCAUCAAAAUGUCUGAAAUUUUCUAGAUUAGAUCGACAUUUUGCCGAAGCACAAAAUCGUCAGGAAAAUAUGCAAAAACAAAGAGAAAUUCGAAAAAAGCAGCAUUCUGCAAAAUUCGAUGAGAAAAUGAAAAAACUAUCAAUGCAAUUUGAAACUGUAACAAUUGAUACACGAGAAAAAGAGGCGCCAAUUUACCUUCAAAAAGCGAGCGAAGAAGAAAAACGAAUAAUGCGAGAGGCGAUUGAUCGAGAAUACGCGCAUCCAAGUUCAACAGCAAGAAUGAUUCCAGCUCGACAACUUCCACCGCGUCCCAUGAAAAAUCCAAUUUUUGGGAAUAAUAUGGUUGCUCGCACAAAUAUUGUUAAAAAUAUUGCAGUAACUGAAGCGGCAGCAACUCCAAAUUCACUAAAUACCAGUCAAGAAUCGGUAUUUUUCCCACAAGAGCAUAGCUCAUUUAAUUUAGAUGGUUAUAAUGGAGCAAGACCAUCUUUUGCAUUUUUUGGAAAUGCUGCUGCCACGUCGACACCUGUUUCAAAGUCUGUUUUUUGUUCUCUAAUACCAAAUCGACCAUGCUGAUCACGAUUCCGAAGUCGAAAAUUGCCACAAAUCCCUGUGAGCACUUUUCCGGAGCUUCAAAGGUCAAAAUUGAGUUUUGAUUUUCGCCCAUUUUCACCAUGGAAAAUCAAUUUUUAUAGCUUGAAUGAAGUUGUUUUGUAAUUUAAAAAAAACUGUAAUUUUUGAAAAAAUACGCAUUAUUUUUGCAUUUUUUGGUGUUUUUUUUCAAAAAUUACAGUUUUCAGCUGGUUUUUGAUAUUUUUGAGCAAUUUCAUUCAAGUUAUAAAAAUUGAUUUUCCAUGGUGAAAAUGGGCGAAAAUCAAAACUCAAUUUUGACCUUUGAAGCUCCAGAAAAGUGCUCACAUGCGUUUUUGGCAAUUUUUGACUUCGGAAUCGUGAUCAGCAUGGUUGGUAUGGUAAAUUUUGAUAUUUUUUAUCUAAAGGAUAUUCAAUUUCCAGAAUUUUCCCCAAAUUCUCCGUUGGCUCACAAAUUUCCGAAGAAAACAGCUCAUUUGAUAAUUCGAAGUAUGUGACUGCUAUGGAAUCACCGCAAUCAGCGAGAAAUGAAUUUCGAGCAGCGCCGAUUGCGUUGCAAUUGAAAACACCGGAAGAGAAAGAGAGGCAGAGAGAGUUAGAGACGCAGAGGGAGAAAUUGAAGGAGGAAGAAGCUGAGAAGCAGAGAGUGUUAGAGACGCAGAGGGUGAAAUUGAAGGAGGAAGAAGCUGAGAAGCAGAGAGAGUUAGAGACGCAGAGGAAAUUGGAGGAAAAUUCGACAUUAGAAGAAGAUUCGAAAAAAGAAGAAGAAGAAGAAGGAAAACGACCAUUUCAACUUUUCGAAAAAUAUGCAAAAUUGAUAAAACGAAUUGAACAAAAAAGUCGAGAUUACGAGAAAAAUGCGGAUCCCAAAUUCCGUGCACUUUUGAAACGAACAAUCACCGAAAAAGUCACCGUAUUUACCCAUCGACAAACAUCGGAAACGGAAAAGAAAAUAAUUAUCGAGUUUUUUCGAACUUUGUUGAAGAAAAUUGAGGUGAAGGGAUAUAGUUUGAAUAAUGGAGAAACUAAGCUUCAAUUGAAAAAUGAUGCGGAUGUACAAUAUUCGAUUUAUUGUAUUUUGGAUAAGUAUUUGGUGAGUUUAUAGAAAACCCAAGUUACCUUACGAUAAUUUUGUUUAGAGUUUGGUCGAGUUGAACACACCGACUUCAAUGGAAGAAUUGACAACAUCUGUUGGAUCGAGUUUUGUAGCCACAAUUGGUGAUUUGAUUUCAAAAGUGAGGUUUUGGGACUGCUUAUUUUUUGGGACUGCUUAUUUUUUGGGACUGCUUAUUUUUGGGACUGCUUAUUUAUCUCUUUGCAUGCUAAUCAACGAGAGACGCAGAGAAGCAGAGAAAUUUGGGACUGCUUAUUUAUCUCUUUGCAUGCUAAUCAACGAGAGACGCAGAGAAACAGAGAAAUUUGGGACUGCUUAUUUUUUGGGACUGCUUAACUUUUUGGGACUGCUUAUUUUUGGGACUGCUUAUUUUUUGGGACUGCUUAUUUUUGUGUCUGCUUAUCAAACCUCACCCAAGAACCUGGAGAAGUGGGUAAAAAACUGCCCACCUGGGUUUAUUUACCAAAUUUGCCCACCUAGUAAAAAAAUUUUGCCCGCCUGAGGCUCGCCUUAAAGACCCUAAAAAAUUUUGCCCAGCUGAGGCUUACCUUGAAGACCCUAAAAAAUUUUGCCCAGCUGAGGCUCGCCUUAAAGACCCUAAAAAAUUUUGCCUAGCUGAGGCUCGCCUUAAAGACCCUAAAAAAUUUUUGCCCACCUAGGUUUUUCGAAAAAAAUUGCCCACCUGGAAUUCCAGGUAUUGGGUGAGGUUUGUCUGCUUAUUUUUUGGGACUGCUUAAUUCACCAUUCAAAAGGUUUUGCUAGAGAAUAAUGAAUUUUGGGACUGCUUACCAGAGAAUAAUGAAUUGAAAAUGAAAAAAAUUAAAAACGUGUAUUAUGACGUAGAAUAUUAAAAUAAUGUCAUAAUUUUUUUUAAAAUCAUUUUCAAAAUAAAAUUUUCACAGAUUUCUGCAAGCGCUCGAAAAAUGGAAACAAUAUUCAUCUCAAUGAUAAUGACACGAUCUGUUGUAUUACGACAAAUUCCCGAAGAAUGUAUCAAAGUUUUCGAAGAAGACGCGAUGAAAUUAGAUUCGUCCGAACAAGCAAUGGUUAUGAAUCGAGAAAAAUGUUUGGUUGAAUUGUUCAUCACGGUUUUUGUUAAAAGUUGGUUUUUUUUCCGCAUUUUUAGCCUUUUCUAUGUAUAAAAAAUAGAAAAAUCUUUAAUUUCAGAUGCAUUGUUUGCGUCGAGAAAUGUGAAAUUGAAUUUGAAUGAUGAAUUAUUGUGGGAAUAUGCGGAAUGUGUUUUGAAUUGGUGUGUGGAGGUUCCGAAAUCGUCGACAGUUUUGGCUUAUUUACUUACUGUAAGUUAAUUUUUUUGGGGGGAAAAAUUGGAGGAUUUUGGUGCAAUUUUGAGCCUGAAAAACCUCUGAUUUCAGACAAAACCUGAAAUUUUUAGAAAAAUCUGAAUUUUCGACAAAACUUCAAAAAAAAAAAUUUGAAUUUUUUAACAAAUUUCAAGAAAAAUUUGAAUUUUCGAUCAAAUUUCAAGAAAAAUUUGAAUUUUUGAACAAAUUUCAAGAAAAAUCUUACUCUUCGACAAAAUUUGAAGCAAAAUUUGAAUUUUCGACCAAAUUUGAAGAAAAAUCCACGUGGCACUGAAUUUCACGCUGAAAAAUUUUUUGAAUUUCAUUUUUUUUGUAAUGCCACGUGGCAACUAAUUUUUCAAAUUCCAAAUUUUGGAGCCAAAGUUUUUUUUUGAAAAAAACACUAAAUUUCAAGCUGAAAAUUUUUGAAUUUUAUAUUUUUUGAAAUGCCACGUGGAUUCUCUUAUUUUUGGGGGCAAAAAUCCAAAUUUAAAUUCUUAAAAUUCUCGAAUUCACUGAAUGAAAUUUUCGAAUUUUAUAUUUUUGCCACGUGGAUUCUCUGAAUUUCCCCCAAAAAAAAAUGUCAAAAUCCCUUUGCAGAUCGCAAAAUAUCGUCUCGAAAUGCAAAAUCAACGAUGGCUCGAAUUUAUGGAUUAUUUGACAAACGACGCGUUGCCAACAAUGAUUGAUUAUCAACAAUCUGGCGAAUCAAAAGUUCAUGAUAGUAGUGUUACGUAUUUAGAAGAAAUUGUUAAGAUUUUGAAAAUUUAG